AUGGCAGACACCGGAAAGCAGUACCACACAAAGUGUACUGGUCCUGCACUCAAGACUGUGGAAAAUCAUGUCAAUUCGCAGGCCAUUACGCUCUAUGGAAGCUGUUUCUGUCCGUUCGUUCAAAGGGUGUGGGCAGCGUUUGAGUAUUUGGGAAUUCCAUACCGUGUGAAUGAAGUCGAUCCAUACAAGAAGCCCAAAGAGCUCUUGGAAGUGUCCCCCAAAGGCCUCGUACCAGGUUUAAAGCUGCACGAGUACAACCCCCCUCGAGGCCUAAACGAAAGUACCGUCAUCUUGGAGUACCUCGAGGCCAUCGCUGACAAUACAACGAAGCGCAGCCUCCUUCCACCCUCUACGAACCCAUAUGCUCGCGCGUUAGUCCGCCUGCAAGCUGAUCACGUCAAUCGCACACUUGUGCCUGCCUUCUAUCGAUUCCUCCAAUCCCAAGAUACAGACGCUCAGAUCCAAAACGGAAAGGAUUACCAUGCCGCGAUCGAGCAGCUGGGUGAGCUCCGCGCUCUUAAAUCAGGUCUUGGUCUGUGGGUAGAGGGAGGGGACUUGGGACUCGUUGACGUUAUGGCUGGACCUUGGCUUCUCCGAUCGACCAGUGUCUUGAAGCAUUACCGAGGCUUCAGCCUGCCGGAAGGCCAGAAAUUCAACGCAUGGUUGGAACGGUUAUUCAACCACCCGUCCUUCAAAGCCACCUGCAGCGACGAACAGCUGUACCUUGAUAGCUAUGAACGAUAUGCAUUCAACCGACCGAAUACAAGUCAGGUUGCAAACGCAAUCAAUUCUGGUCGCGGGCUCCCCUAA